AUGUUUCUCCGCAGCGCCAUUGAGAAGAUCCUCGCCGACAAGGACAUCAAGAAGAAGGACAAUUUGCAGCUGAAAAAGGCGUGCGAGACGGCCCUCGAAGAGCUCAACAAUGAAUCGAAAACGGAUCGGGUGCCGAAUGCUGCCGAUGUCCUCCCCGAUCGCGAAAUUUUCGAAGCCGACCGUUACUUCUUACCAUUCGAACUGGCGUGCAGGUCGAAGAGUCCACGGAUCGUCACCAACGCGUUGGACUGUUUACAGAAAUUGAUCGCCUACGGCCAUCUCACGGGGCGGCGCGUCGAUUCGGCGAACCCCGAGCGGCUGCUCAUCGACCGGAUAAUCGAGGCGAUUUGCGAUUCGUUCAACGGGCCCGGCACCGACGAGACGGUGUUGCUACAAAUUAUUAAGGCAAUCCUCGCUGCCGUCCUCUCGCAACAAUGUGAGGUGCACGAGGCCUCGCUCCUGCUCGCCGUCCGCACCUGUUUCACCAUCUACCUCGCCACGCGAAGCCCGAUCAACGGUGCGACGGCCAAGGGAACCCUGACGCAGAUAAUCAACACCGUCUUUGGCCAAAUGGAGAAGCACGGCGCCGAAAAGGACGACAAAUCGGUGGUCCGUGAGGUCGUUGACGGGCUGGUCGGGCAAGUGGUGGCUGAGCAGGAGGCUGACGAUGCUGCCGUUGACGCGAAAUCCCGUGCCGGUGCCUCGACAUGUGGCGAUAGCGAAAGUGGCACGAACCAAAGCCUGAUCCCAUCCGAAGACAGCUUCCCGAACGUAUAUCAAAAAGACGCCUACCUCGUCUUCCGUGCCAUGUGCUUCCUCGCCCAAAAGGACGAGGGCGACGUCGGCGACAAGGGCAACACCUUCCUGCGAUCGAAAGUGCUGGCGCUGGAGCUGCUGCUGCUGGUGCUCCAAAACUCCUCCGAGGCCAUCCGCCAAUGUCCGCCCUUUCUGCUGCUGAUCAAGAAGACGCUGUGCCUGGCGCUGACCAAGAACGCCGUCUCUCCGGUCGUCCAGGUGUUCGAGAAGUCGCUAGCGAUCUUCGUGCAGCUCGUCGACAAGUUCAAGGGUCACCUAAAGCUUCAGAUUGAGGUGUUUUUCAAAGAGAUCAUCAUCACAAUGCUCGAAUCGAGCACGUGCAGCUUUGAGCAGAAGUGGAUAGUGCUGAACACGAUCGACAAAAUCAUGGAAAAUCCGCAAUCAAUCGUGGACAUGUACGUGAAUUACGACUGCGACAUGACGGCGGCCAAUGUUUUCGAGAAUUUGGUGAAUGUUGUGAGCAGAACGAGCCGGACCACGGUAUCUGAGCAUUCUCACCCGGACCAGCGGAAGCGCGAACAGGCCUUCCGACUACUCGGCCUCAAGUGCCUGGUGAUGCUGCUACGCUGCCAAGUCGAAUGGUUCGAGGGAAUCACGCCGGACCUUAAGGAAAAACUCGAGAAAGUGAACGGCGAAAGCGAGACGACCAGCGACGAGCAGUCCUCGUGCCCGGCGUUGAACGCCUUCGAGCACACGAAGCAAAAGAAGGACCUGAUCGAGCAGGGCAUCCUGAUGUUCGCCAGAAAGCCGAAGCUCGGCCUGCAGUUCCUGCAGGAGAAGGGAUUCCUCGGCACCGAGCCCAUCGACAUUGCCCUCUUCAUGAUACAAGAGGAGCGGCUGGACAAGACGGUCGUCGGCGACUAUUUGGGCGAUCCGGAUGAGUUCAACAAGAAGGUCAUGUACGCCUACAUCGACGACUUUGACUUUUCGGAGAAGUGGUUCGUCGACGCGCUGCGGAUGUUCCUGGAAAAGUUCCGACUCCCCGGCGAGGCGCAGAAAAUCGACCGACUGAUGGAGAAGUUCGCCUCCCGGUACUGCGAGUGCAAUCCAAGCUUUCCCCACUUUGCCUCCGCCGACACGGCCUACGUCGUCGCCUAUUCGAUCAUCAUGCUCACCACGGAUUUGCACAGUCAUCAGGUAAAAGCGGCCAACAAGAUGUCGAAGGAGGCCUACGUCAGGCAAUGUCGCGGCAUCAACAAUGGCGGUGACCUUCCCGCUGAAUUUCUGGAGCGCAUCUACGACGACAUCCUGAACAACGAGAUCAAGAUGAAGGCCGGGGCGGCGAAGCUGCUCAAGUCGCAGCAGAACACGUUUGGCGGUGGGGCGAGCACGGACGCGCAGCGGAAAGCCAUGGCCGACGUGGAGAUGGCGGCGAUGAAGGAGACGGCACGGGCGCUGAUGGAGAGCGUGUGGAACGCCGACGCCAACUUCACCCCGGCCAGCCACCAGCACCACGUGCGCCCAAUGUUCAAGAUCUGUUGGACGCCCUGCUUGGCCGCCUUCUCGAUGGGUUUGCAGAGCUCGGAGGACCACGACGAAUGGAUGCUCUGCCUCACCGGCUUCCGCCUCGGCAUCCGGGCCGCCUGCCUGCUGCGGAUGAACACCGAGCGCGACUCGUACAUCAAGGCCAUCUCCCGCUUCACGCUGCUCACCAGCAACAAGCAGCUGAUGGAGAUGCGCGAGAAGAACAUCGAGGCUAUCAAGUUGCUGCUGCUGAUCGGGGACGAGGAUGGAGACUAUCUCGAGGACAACUGGGUCGAUGUGUUACGCUGCCUCUCCCAACUCGAGUUGGCGCAGCUGAUCGGCGGCGGGCUGCGGCAAAAUGGUGGCGACAUUGAGAGCAGCGCGCAUUAUGUCAUCAAAAAUACCGGCACCAUUGACCAACGAACGCUGGCCGCACUUCAAGAAGCUCUCGGCGAGACGAGCUCACAAGCUGUCGUCGUGGCUGUCGAUAGGAUAUUCCACGGCUCCUCGAAGCUGUCCCCGGACGCGAUCGUCGCCUUCGUGCGAGCCCUCUGCGCCGUGUCGAAGGAAGAGCUCGGACUGUCCGGCAGCCCGCGCAUGUACUUGUUGCGGAUGCUCGUCGACGUCGCCUUCUACAACAUGAAUCGGAUCCGGUUGCAUUGGACUCGCAUCUGGGCGGUGAUGAGCGAGCACUUCAGCACGGCCGGCUGCAACCAAAACGAGGCGAUCGCUUCGUUUGCCGUCGAUGCGAUCCGCCAGCUGGCCAUCAAGUUCUUGGAGCGGGGCGAGCUGCCCAAUUUCCGCUUCCAGCACGAGUUCUUCAAGCCGUUCGAGACGAUCAGCCAGAAGACGCGUAGCGCGCAGACCAAGGACCUUGUCGUCUCCUGCUGCGCGCACAUUGUCGAGGCGCACGCACCGCGGAUCAAGUCUGGAUGGAAGCCGCUUUUUCAGACAUGGAACCACGUGGCUGCCGACAACUACCCCGACAUUGCCGAACGCGCAUUCCUCGACGUCAAGAAGGUCAUCGAGAAUCAUUUUGCGACAGACUUCCUUUCGGCCCUCGACGCCUUCCAGGAGAUGGUCAAGUGCCUGUCGGACUUUGCGUGCAACUCCUGCCUCAACCAAGACAUCAACAUGGAGGCCAUCCACCUCAUCCGGAUCCUCGCCAGCUACGUGUCGCAAAACGGGGACGCCAUCGUCGACGCACCCUACGAGGAAAAGUUUGCGAUGGCGGGCCGGGAUCGCAUCUGGCUGCGCGGGUAUUUCCCGGCCCUCUUCGAGCUCAGCUGCAUCAUCAAGCGCUCGUCGCUGGAUCUGCGGACGCGCAGCCUCACCGUCAUGUUCGACAUCAUCCGCUCGCACGGCGCCGAGUUCCAGGAACAAUGGUGGACGGAGGUGCUGAAGAUCAUCUUCACGAUAUUCGACCCGACCAAGUUUGACGACUCGAAUGCCGAUAAACGCGAAUGGGUGACGACCACCUGCAACCACGCGCUGCUCUCCGUCGUCGAUGUCUUCUACCAGUACUUUGACGUGCUGGCACCGACGGCGAUGCCCAUCAUCUACGACAAGUUUGCCGCCUGCAUCCAUCAAGACAACGAAAACCUGGCCCGGACGACGGUGAACUGCUUGGAGGACUUGGUGAAGCGCAACGGCACCCGGUUCACGCCCGACAUGUGGGAGCGGACGGUAAAGCUGAUCGCCAGCUUGUUCCAGAAUACCCUGCCCGAAGAACUUCUUUCCUGGGAUGAGGGACGCCCGUCGACCAGCUCGAUGACCGAGAUGAUGCAGCAGGUCAACAUCAACGGGCACGUGUCGCCGGCCAAAAGCCAAGCCAGCGAUCACUUGAUCUCGGCGGUGCUCGUGCAUUGCGUCGUCCAGUCCGAGCUCGUCGACGCCGUCACCUCGAUCGUGCUGGGAACGACGCGGAACCAGUCGGAGCCCGGCCACAGUCCACUAGCGACAAGCCCACCCAACGGCAUCCACGAGGGUCUGUUCGACACGAUGCGGCCGCAGCACUUGCUCGUCAUCUGCGAUGCGCUCGCCGACAGCCAACGUUUAGCCCGGCACUUUAACGAGAAGAAUGCUCAACGAACGCUGCUCUGGAAAGCCGGACUGCGCGGCACGACCAAGCCCAAUCUGAUGCGGCAGGAAACCCAUGCAUUGAGAGCGAUGCUGGCGAUUCUUCUUCGACUACUUGGCGAUCGGCGAUCAGCCGAAAUCCGCGAGCAAGUCGGGCAAAGUGUAUUGAGGGCGGUCAACGAGGCGCUGGCCGGCUACAACGAGUCGAUCAACGACGAGAAGCGCCGCGCCGCCUACACGCCCGUCGUCUGCGAGCUGCUCACCGAGGUGCUGCGUCUGCCCACCGAAUGGCUGCACGCGCUCGGCGAGGCGUUCCCGGAGCGGCUUUGCGAUUUAGUGCAGUGCGCCGAGGGCGAGCAGCUGCGCUCGCUGCUGGCCCAAGCGUUGCGGCGGUUCCUGCGUGAGGCCAAGGCGUCGACAAAUGGUGCCCCGGUCGCUACACAGAAGUCCGCGUCGACCCUCUCGACGGGCCCGAACACAACAAGCAUGCGCACGGCCUCGACGCUGUCGUUCGUCGCGCGCAGCCCGUACGUGGAGACGACGUCCGUCGACGAGAGCGACGCCGAUUUGGAGCGGCGCGAGAUGCGGGUCUUCGACGGGGAGUCGUCGAUG